ACAAAGUGCAGCAGUGUUCAGCUCGGAGCUGCCCGAACCGCACACACUGGGCUCCGUUCACUCUGCGCGGAACCAUGACCGAAGCGGACCUCUACACUCUGUACAAGGGAGUCUAUGUACCUAAAGCGGUGCACACACCGGAGAGCCUCAAGUACUACGAAGAGUUUACGUUUCGUCCUGACGACGUUGUCAUCGCAACGUACCCCAAGUCAGGGACAACUUGGAUGCAGGAAAUUCUUCCCCUGAUCGUAAGUGGAGGGGAUCCAGCCUCCGUUGAGACACUGCCUAACUGGGACCGCGUUCCCUGGCUGGAGGAGACCCGGGCCUCCAUACUGAAGCUUGAAGAGCGGCCAUCUCCUCGCUUGUUCACCACGCACUUCCACUAUGACAUGAUGCCGCCGUCCUUCUUUCAAGUAAAACCAAAGGUGGUUUACGUCAUGAGGAACCCCAAAGAUGUGUUCACAUCUGCCUUCCACUACUACAACAGCACCUCGUUCUUGGUGAAACCGGGUCCGCAGAGCGAGUUCCUCCAGAAGUUCCUCACGGGAAAAGUUAUUUUUGGCUCCUGGUUUGACCAUGUGAAAGGCUGGCUGACUGCGAAAGAGAAACUGCAGAUCAUGUACAUCUCCUACGAGGAGAUGGCAAAGCAGGACCUGAGCGACUCUGUGAGCAGGAUCGCUCAGUUCCUGGGGAAGCCUUUGGAGCCCGAAGUUCUGGAGAAGAUAGCCGACAAGUGUUUAUUCAAAAACAUGAAGAAUAACCCUAUGUCCAACUAUUCGGUGGUGCCCCAGGAAUUCAUGGACCAAACAAAGAGUCAGUUCCUUCGCAAAGGAGUCGCCGGAGACUGGAGGAACUUGCUGACGCCAGAUGAGGCUCAGCACUUUGACGCCGUGUUCAAGGAAAAAAUGAAAGACGUGAACUAUAAAUUCAACUGGAAUUAAACCAGUUUAGUGCAGUUGCUCUUCAACUGCACUAAACUGCAGUUGAAGUUUAGUGCAGUGUAUGUUAGACGAGUGACUGAAAAAUUCAAUAUUGUAUCGAGAGUAGUUCAAACUUUGACCUUUUCUUCUGUCACUUAACAAAGUUUCAAAAACAAAAAAAAACAAAACAAACAAACGCUCAACAUUGUGAUCCGUUUUGCCAGGGAAGUCAGAGCUUACCAGGUAAGUGGAACUGGGAAAAUACCUAAAACCAACAUUUCUACUGGUUUUGCAGAAGAGAUUUGGAAAACCAGUGAGGAUAGCAGUAUUGUCUUCAAUAACCAAGCUAACUAUGUUAAGUGACGUUACCCGGGAAUAAAAAAGAUCUCUUAGCAUUUAAGACAUUUAUAAUAUCACUGAAACACUUUAACUACUAUAGUUUGUCAGCUUAGCUUUUCACCGAACCAUAGCAGUUAGCUCUUCACCUUGGCCUAUUGGUUAGCUUUUAACCACUUUAAAUUUUUCUACAAACUCACUGCUGUAUGUCAUCUGAUUGACACAGGCAACAGAACUGUUGCUGAGAGUUGCUGCAGACAACCUCAGCUGAAAAAAUCUUCUGGUCCGGCUUAAAGGGAUAACUCAAUCCCUUUAAGCCGGACCAGAAGAUUUUUAAGAGCUAGGUUUUGUUUUAUGGCUCAGGCGGUCCUGUUGUUGCGUGGUGUUUCACUUUGCCUUCAAAAGCUGCACGCAUUUUACUGGUGUGAUGUAACAGCAUUCCUCACAGCUCAUUACUCAUAUGGUGCAAGGCAUGUGAGAUUGACCUUUCACAUAUUUUGAAAUUUUUUUGGGAUAAUGUUGCUCUUUGGAAAAUGAAGAAGACAUGUUGAGCUGUAGUAUUUCUCUGUGUUGAAGAACAUCUAAAAACCUCAUCCACGCUAAAGUUCAGAUGGCGAAGAAAGGCGUACAUAACACGCCUUCUUAGCACAUAUGAAGAUGCAGCAUAAGUUUUCUAUGCUCAUCUGUAGUAAAGUGGCAAGGAUUUCUACUUGAAGUAAGCGACUUGUAUCCAAUAAAAAUGCCAGGCAUGUUAAAUCCUGAGCAGCUGGAAUUCUAUAAAUACCUGCUUUUCCUAAGCACUUACAUAAUGGCCUUAAAAGAAUGUAUCUAUGAACAUUAAUAAUGUUUCCCCAAAAAAAAUAUUUGUUGAUUUUCAUACAAACUCUUAUAAAAAAUGUUUAACUCAUAGUCCUGUGUCCUUUCAUUGUGCUUUUUAGUGUAAUACUGUAGAAAGUUGUACAAAACAAAUAAAAACCCUUGCACUCUGUGUCUCCA